UAAAUCUAACCCCCCAACCCUCCUCUCCCCAUCAUCAGAUCUCCCCCUUCUCAUCCCAACCUCUCCAUAUCAAUGGCCGAUCCAAAGCCCUCGGCGCCCCUCAACGGCGCCUACUACGGCCCACCAAUCCCUCCAUACGCCACCCCCCGCCGCCGCCGCCACUCCUGCUGCGGCGGCCUCUUAUCUUCCCUCCUGAAGCUCAUUGUUACCAUCAUCAUCGUCCUCGGCAUCGCCGCGCUCGUCCUCUGGCUCAUCUUCCGGCCGAACAAGAUAAAAGUCUACGUCGAGGACGCCACGCUCACACAGUUCAAUCUCACAAACAGCAAUAACAACAUGCUUCUUUACAACCUAAGCCUCAACGUCAGCGUCCGCAACCCUAACAAAAAGAUAGGAAUCUACUACGACUACAUUGAAUCCCUCGCCAUUUACGACGACUCAAGGUUCGGCUUCCAGAUUUUGCCCACCUUCUACCAGGGACACAAGAAUACCACCAUAUUGAGCCCCGUGUUCGCCAGCCAGAAUAUUUUGCUCGGCGAUGCGCCGGCGACUUACGCGAGAGAGAAGACUGAGGGGUUUUACAACAUUGAGGUCAAGUUUUAUAUGAGUGUUAGGCUUAAGGCGGGAAUCUUCAAAACGCAUCAUAUAAAGCCGAAGUUUGACUGCAACGUCAGGUUGCCAGCGCCAUCCGCCAGCAGCUUGAAGACGACGCCAUUUCAGAGGGUCAAGUGUGAUGUGGACUAUUGAUGGAUGCUUCUACUUCUUUUUUGUUCGAUCGACUGCUUAGUUUUUGCUUCUUUCAUGAGGUGUGGUCAGUGAAGCUCUGUUCUGGUAGCUAACUGCGUAUUAGUUUG